CAAAGAAUAGACUCACGAAGAAGUGGUAUUCUAUGGGUUGUAACCUAUAUGUUUUUUAAACAUAACCUAAAUUAAAUUUUUGUUAUUUGUUUGCGUGUUUAUUCUAAAUUAUUACUUAAAUCAAUAUGUCUGAUGAGGAAGUAAUUAGACGAAAAUUACUGAUAGAUGGUGAUGGCACUGGUGACGACCGUCGCCUAAACGUUUUACUAAAGAACUUCUUCAAAUGGGGCAAUUUUUGUGACGAAACCUCUCCCGAAUUUCGUACUCUUUACGAUCGCAUGCUAGCCCAAAUAGAUCAGUGCGAAUCGGCUUCGAGACGAUCACAGGUCGGUCUAAGGGCUAACGGGAGACAACAACAAAAGGGACAGCAGUACCAGAAGAAGCUCGAGAAACAAAUAGCCGAUUGUAAGAAGGCGAUAGAAGUUAAUAAACAAAAUCUGGUGCAAGCUAAAGUAUUAAAACAGAACCGUAUGAUGUACGAUCUAUUGGCACAAAGUAUUAAACAGCAACCCGCACGCAAGGACACCGAUAAAAACUUGGCCGACUUGAAGGCGGAACUUAAUCAACUUCGCGAGCAAAAGACUAAGUUGGAACAGAAAUUGGAGAUGAGAAGGAAGCUUUUCCAUGUUUCAGUGUCGAGUAUGAAUCAGUUGCGUGCGAUUUUGGAAGAGGACGAUGUUGCAAACAGUUCCUUGGAUGAUAUUACAAAUAGCCCUGAACCUAUGUCCGAAUAGUUUAAUAAUGUUCAAAUGAAUUAUAAGGUUUAUAUUCUUAAUACUUAUUUGUCUACUGAGCUAUAAAUGCUAUGAAACUUU